UCUGACUGCAGCCAGUCAUAUGCCCCACCACCCCAACAGGUCAAGUGGCUUUCACAGGCCAGGCCUCCUUACCCACUGCAUUUGUGCAGAGAACGCUUGGUUCCCAUCCAUUGGCCUUCUUCCACCCUGAGGCGGCAAUGAAAGACAACCCCUGUCCCAGAUAACAGCCCUUUCCCAAAGGUGAGCCCCCCCAACCUACCCUGGUGGUGAUGCUGGAAGAGAUUGCUGGCCCCAGACUCCCAACUGAGGACUUUACAGACGAAAACUGCACAUUUGCUGUCCCAUCACAAAGAGUUGAGCCUACCAUGAUGGUUCACCAGCCAAUGCCUACAUCUAAGGACCUAAAACCUCCAUUCCAGCCAUCCACCUUUCCUGCAAACUUUCCAGAGAGCCCACCACCAGCCUCAGAUUCUGCUCUGGAGCCCCUAUCCAUCCCAUCACCAUCCAGUCUUUUAUACCUCAGUGUCAGUCCCUGGGGCUUGGCCCCCCUCUUCUGUUCUGUCUGCUUCAAGCUGGAGAGUUUUGCUGACAUAUUCCACAAGUCCAACAAGACCCUGUGGGCCCUGCCCCCAUCAUCUCCCAUGAAGCUGGAGUUGAAGAUUGCUAUCCCACAGACUAAGCAGUCCUGGGCUGAGGGCACUGCAUCUGUUAGUCCCCGACCUCCCAUUCACCAGUGGCCAGCUUAGGACCAUAA